AAAGUUAUCUCAGGUAUCGGGAACUGUAGGCUUUGUUUGUGCUUUGAUUUAUCAGUCAAAUUCAAACUAAUGCCAGCUUUCUAUUAAAAAUUACAAAUUUGUGACAAAAUUAUCCGAAUACAGCGUUCGUUGGAUAUAUUUGAUAGUCAGGACGACCACAACAAACUGCUAAGAGAUAUUGAAAAUAUAGCCCCAAGAUGUCCGACCGCAAGGCAGUCAUCAAAAAUGCAGACAUGAGCGAGGAGAUGCAACAGGACUCUGUGGAUUGCGCUACUCAGGCUCUAGAGAAGUACAACAUCGAGAAGGACAUCGCAGCCUAUAUCAAGAAGGAGUUCGACAAGAAGUACAAUCCCACCUGGCAUUGCAUUGUCGGUCGCAAUUUCGGCUCCUAUGUGACCCAUGAGACCCGUCACUUCAUCUACUUCUACCUGGGACAGGUGGCCAUAUUGCUCUUCAAGAGCGGCUAGACCCAGUGGAUCUCCUUGCACUAUAUCUGCGCACACACAGACAAUUACGUAUUUGUUAUUAUUGUAGCCUCACACACACACACACGCACACACACAAGGAACUCUGAUUUGAAAUGGCACACUGUUGACCGCGUCUUCCGACACUAACAAAACAUAUCAAUCUAUGGAGUGGCAUAACGCUAUAUUGUCUAUAGCCUCAAUCCAUCAAUAACCUAAAAAGAUUUAAUUUCAAUUCAAUUUCAAUAAUUUAACUUACCGAUUCACAUAACUUUCGAUUUGCAUUAAAUCAAUUAUAUCAGCAAAGUUCAAAUUGGUUUUUA